CAUGGUGGUGGAGUCAAAAUGGAGUCAAAUGUCAGCUUCCAGUUUUCCUCCAUUUACCUGAGGCUGAGCAGACAGAUGCUGCUGCUGUGAGUUCGAUCCCCAGGCCUUCUCUUGGACAUUCCACUGAACCUUACCCAUUGGCAUUAAUAGCCAAAAGCUCCAGAGAGGGAAUGCCAAGCGAACCUGGCGAUACAUCUAGUCAAAUAUGUUCAAUAUCAUUUGCCCCCGGAAGCACUGGAGAAGAAAUGUGCACUAGACCUGUCAGUACUGGCCAAAUCCACUGGAAACCGACUGCCCUUGGGAGUGUUUUAGGAGACAACCUGGUACUGGAUGGCGCCGACACUAAAUCUCUUGGACAUGUUUUGGAAGUCAAAAACGGUGCACGCCCUUGUGGUAGUGUCUCCUCUGGAAUAUGUCCUGCUAAAAAAAUGCCGUUUGAAUGCAAACAUUGUCAGAAGGGUUUCCUCCAAGUGCGUCAUCUUCUUGUUCACGAGUUACUCCAUGCUGGGAAAGUGCCGUUCAAAUGUCAAUUCUGCGAGAAAGGCUUCACCCAGCAAAGUCGUCACCAAAGACAUGAACUUACUCAUACUAGACAGAAACCAUUUGACUGCAAAUAUUGUUCAAAGGCAUUUACAGAUCGGAGUAAUAAGAAUGCGCAUGAAAGACUUCACAAACAGAAAGGAGAUAAGAUAGGCCUACUCCAAGGCAAAUCUUCUGAAAACACAUUAACCAAGGAAUGUAUGCUAAUUGAGCAUAAAUGUAUUCAUACAAGGGAAAUACCAUUGAAAUGUGAUUUUUGUGAGAUGCAGUUUAGCAAAAUUUGUCUUCUCGCUGUACAUGAACGUAUGCAUACUGGUGAAAAACGAUUCCACUGCGAAGUUUGCUCAGUGAGAUUUGCAAAUGAAAGUGAUUUUAACGCGCAUUGGAUUAUUCAUGCAAAUGGCGAUGGAAAAGAUUCACACAAGUGUGAAUCAUGUAGCAGGACAUUUGCUCACUCGAGCAAUCUCGCAUUGCAUAAACACUUCCACAUCGGCGGUCAGCCGUUUAUGUGUAAACAAUGCAUGAUGGGGUUUCGUCAGAAAAGUGACCUGACAGAGCAUGAACUUGAACAUUCUGGUGAAAUACACUUUGUUUGUCGAGUCUGUGGUGACAGAUUCAUGCAACAGAGUCACCUUACUGCUCAUGAACAUACUCACGUAAACGUCGGUGAAAAAACAUGGGAAUGUGGUUAUUGUGAUAAGGCGUUCGUUAAUGAGAAAAAUCUUCAAGAACACGAACGCGUUCACACCAAUUGUUGGCCUUUCAAGUGUGGGAACUGUGAUAGGGUUUUCAACAAGAAGUAUCAUCUGAUCAGUCAUAAACCACACUGUACAAAGACGUGUUCUGUUCAGAAGGAGGAAAGUUAUCCAGAGUGCGUUCGAUUACUUGUCUAGGACAUGUCCAAGUGUGGUAGUUUGCUGGAAGUCAGUAGUCGGACCUGGUCCAUCAUCGUUCGAAAAGUGGUGUUGGACAUGUCUAGGACAUGCCCUUCUAACCCUCCUCGCUGAUGGGGUUACUUGGGCAAGUGUCCCACGAUGCAUUGCAGCAACAUGGCGUCGAUGGCGAAGAAGCUGAAGGUUACGGGCGAUAAAUUCAUCUUCGGAACCGAUUUAGGCCUAUACGAUCCGCCCAGAGUGUAUUGUUUGCUGUAGCAAUUGAAACAAGGAUGUUUUAGCAAAAUUUAGUUUAUGAAUUGACAGUUCAAUCAAUUGAAUUAUUGUUAGCGGAUCGAUGAUGUAUUUUUUUACAUAUCUUGAUAUUGUACAUUUUACAACAAGUGAAAAGUUCAAGUGAAAAGAACCUGGAGUGUAAAUAGAUGACUUCGUCUCACAGGCAUCAUUGAUGGGCACUGUGUCAUUCCUCCCUGACGUAAGGAAGGAAAGGCCCAAAAAUUGAUUGGAUUUCCGGUGAUGCCUCUGUCAGCAGGUUCUUUCCUA